GCUGUAAAGCAUAUUAUUCAUGAUUUAAAAAUGCAAUUAUUAUAUUAUUGAUUUCCAAAUUUGAUCAAAGUUGAAGAAGUGUAUUCAUUGGAAGGUAAAGUUUUACAUUUUGAAGCAACUUGAAACAAUUUUAUCAGCUUGCUUGUAUGACCGUGAGAUUGUAAACUUGAAACAUAUAAAAAGUUCUUUUGAAGUUGUGAGGGAGAUAAAAAAAAAGACUCCUUUCAUAGUUCUAAAGGCCUGUGCUGAGUAACUGACCACCAGAAUGACAGGUGGUGGCCCCGUGGCCCUCUUCUCCGUAUGGGACUAUGUGGUGUUCAUCGGCAUUGUGCUGGCGGCCGCGGGCGUGGGCCUCUUCCAAGCCAUCCGCAGCCGCAAGGACACCAGCACCGAAGAGUUCCUGCUGGGCGGCCGUCAGAUGACCGCCGUGCCCGUGGCCAUGUCGCUCACCGCCAGCUUCAUGUCGGGCAUCACCGUCAUUGGCACGCCGGCCGAGGCCUACCGCUACGGCACGGCCUUUUGGCUGUUCAUGUUCUCCUACUGCAUCAUGUCCGUUUUCAGCGCAGAGGUGUUCGUCCCUCUGUUUUAUCGACUGGGGAUCACCAGCACCUAUGAGUAUCUUGAGAUGCGCUACAAUAAAGUGAUAAGGGUGAUUGGAACCAGUAUGUACAUCACUCAAACAGCCCUGUACACAGGCAUGGUGAUCUACGCCCCAGCACUUGCCUUGAAUCAAAUCACGGGGCUGGAUCUAUGGGGUGUUCUGGUGGCUACUGGGGUGGUUUGCAUAAUCUACUGUACCUUGGGGGGUCUGAAGGCGGUGAUCUGGACGGACGUGUUCCAGAUGGUCAUCAUGCUGGUCGGGUUCGUGGCGGUGAUAGCCAGAGGAGCUGUGCUGCAGGGAGGCCUGGGGAGGAUCUGGAAGGAUGCCGAGGAAGGAGGACGACUCGACGCUUUUGACUUCAAUCCAGACCCUCUGCAGCGACACACCUUCUGGACCAUCGUGGUGGGCGGGAGUCUCAUGUGGACAUCCAUCUACUCCAUCAACCAAUCCCAAGUCCAGCGCUACAUCUCUUGUCGCACCAUGACCCACGCGAAAAUGUCUUUGUAUGUGAACAUGGUAGGACUCUGGGUGACUGUGUCCUUAGCUAUGUUGUCUGGUCUGACGAUGUACUCCAUUUACAAGGACUGCGACCCUUUGACCCGGGGUGAUGUGGGCAAUAUGGAUCAGCUUCUGCCGUACCUGGUAAUGGACAUAUUAGCAGAAUUCCCAGGAAUCCCCGGUUUGUUUGUGGCAGCAGCCUACAGUGGCACGUUGAGCACCGUGUCGUCCAGUAUCAACGCCCUGGUGGCUGUGACUGUGGAGGACUUCGUGAAGCCACUCCUGCCGAACAUGAGUGACAAACACGCAUCCUGGAUGAACAUGGGCCUAAGUGUAUUUUUUGGUGGAGUAUGCAUUGGAAUGGCAGCAGUUGCUUCACUGAUGGGCAGUAUCUUGCAGGCUGCGUUGUCUAUAUUUGGAAUGAUAAGUGGACCACUGCUAGGACUAUAUCUUCUGGGCAUGUUCUUCCGUUGUGCCAAUUCAACGGGAGGACUAAGCGGGCUGAUUAGUGGGCUGGUCAUCACUCUCUGGGUAGGCAUCGGAGCCCAGAUCUACCCUCCUGGUCCAGAUAAGACGAACCCACUCCCUCUCUCCACGGCUGGCUGCACCGUGGACACAAACUUCACCACCAUGACUCCAUGGACAACCACAAUGGAUCUCACCACCUCAGUGCCCAGGCCGGCCCUGGCAGACAGCUGGUACUCUCUAUCCUACCUGUACUUCUGCCCUCUAGGCACAAUCAUCACCAUGGUGGUCGGUCUGGUAGUCAGCCUCGCCACAGGCGGAUGCAAGAAUGAGAAGGUUCGUCCAGAGCUUUUCAUUGGCAAGAACGACCUGAUCUGCUUUGGCUGUAAAAGACACUCCACAGAGACUUCUGAACUCACAGAGAAGGUACAUCCUGAUGGCAAGCAGGGAAUUGACAACCCGGAGUUUAGCGACAUCGAGCUGGAGACUAAAGAAAAGGACAUGGACAAGAUCACACGGUUCUGAAGAGCCAGGAUCAGCCAGAGCCAUCUGGAAUGGACAAACACCACCUACCACCACAGACAACACCCUGUAUUGGCAAAGCAAUUUGACACGCUAAGCGUAUCGGUUAAUCAUUACACGUGAUUCUUUCCUGUAAAUGAAACCUGAAUUGCACUGUACUUUGGCAUACACUGACUGCACUUUGACUCGUUGGGUGUUGUUUUUUUCUACACAAAUGCAAAAAAUGGCAAAGAGGUGCUGUAUACCGGUCAUUUAUGUGACAUGCAGAUGUCUGUGUCCAAGUCCAUUACUUUGGUUUAAAAUAAUUUUAAAUGAUUCAAAACAAGCAUCAUUUUAUUCUAUAAAACCUGUAUAAUUUGAACAUAUUAUCAUAAAAAUGAUAUAUAUUUUAUAUUUUGUCAACUGUCCGAGCAGUAACUAUGUGAAAUAAAUAUGGGGGCAUAAUUUUAUUAUUGUAUUCUAUUUGCUAUUUUAUUUAUUAGUUUACUAGCUCUUAAAUGGUUUGGAAAAUCGAAAAAAAAGGAUUGUCUAUAUGAUAAUGUCAACAGGAUAAACAGGAUACUGCCUCAUCAAGAGUAAACAGGAGUAAACAUGAUAUUGCCUCAUCAAGAGGACCCCAAGUGGCCUUUAGUGAGUGAAAAGUUUGUAAAUCUCUCAAAUAUGGAUAAAAUAGUUACUGUCUCUUCAUAGUUGGACUUGUACAGUUUACAUGUCAGGUGGUGUAACCAAUGUAAAACUUUCUCUUUAUUGUAUUGCCUGUAUAAUUUGAAAACAGCAAAUCAGGUGGCACAACUGCACUGUCAGGUGGUGCAACCAGGUAAAAUACUAAUUUAAACCAAGAAAUAGUAGAUUAAAGUG